CUAGACUCAUGAUUCCGGUUGUAGCACAGGCAGGCGCAGGCUUGAGCGGAAUGCAGAGAUCAGCUCUUCCCUUUCAAUCUGAAAACUUCAAAGUUUAGGGAGGGAGACGAGGAAGCAGGCCUGCAGCUGAGCUGUUGAGGCUCCUUGCUAAUAUUAGGCCUUCUCGUUGCAAGCAGGGCGUAAAUAAGUCGUGCGGAAAGUUCUUGGAAUUUGCACCAAAAAGCCACAUCAAAUCGAACAUAAGCAGGGGUUGGGGAGGCAGACGCAAUGGCCGAGUCUUCAGCCGCUCCUGCUAGGACCUGGGCUCAAGCUGCACAAACCAAAGAAGAGGAGGUGCCUCUGCGGACAGUUCAGAUUGAUGGCCUGGCACUGUUGAAGAUCAUCAAGCACUGCAAAGAGUUCGCGCCCAACCUCGUGACAGGGCAGCUGCUUGGCCUGGAUAUUGGAUCCGUGCUAGAAGUCACAAACUGUUUCCCAUUCCCAACGCGGAGCGAGGAAGAGGAGGACGGCGAGGACAGCGCAACGUACCAGCUGGAGAUGAUGCGGUCGCUGCGGGAGGUGAACGUGGACAACAACACGGUCGGCUGGUACCAAUCCACGUACAUGGGGGCCUACCAGAGCGUGGAGCUCAUCGACACCUUUCUGCAGUAUCAGGAGAACAUCAAGCGGUGUGUGUGCAUCAUCUACGACCCGCAGCGAUCAUCGCAGGGCGUCCUUGCUCUGAAAGCACUCAAGCUCAAGGAGCCCUUCAUGGAGGCUUACAAAAACGAUGCACUUACAGGGGAGGGGUUGCGGCAAUCGGGCAUUUCAUGGCCAGACAUCUUCGAGGAGAUCAAGGUGUCGGUCCACAACUCUGCUUUGGUCGGCGCGAUGGUGACCGACAUCCAACCAGAGGCUCCUGUCACACACGCGGACUUUGACCGGUUGAGCCUGUCCAGUGCCCCUUUCUUGGAGAAGAACCUCGAGUUUUUGAUUCAGUGCAUGGACGAUUUGGGCCAGGAACAACAAAAGCAACAAUACUACUAUCGGGCAGUAACUAGGCAAGAAGCGCAAAAGGGAGCGUGGCUGCUAAAACGACGAGCGGAGAACGCUGCUCGGAAAGCUGCCGGGGAGGAGCCUCUGCCCGAGGAGGACUCGGCGAACCCCGCUUUCAAGCCCAUCCCCGAGCCAAGCAGGCUGGACGGGUUCUUGAUCACGAAUCAGAUCAGCAACUACUGCGGACAAGUCAACGGGUUCGGAGGGCAAAGCUUAAGCAAGAUGUAUGUUAUGGACGCUGUACAUGAGGAGCACUGACGGGCAAACAACACUUUUCCGUUAUUUUUCCGCGCAUUGUUUGAUCCGAUUGAUGCAGUCACCACCUUUUCGCAUAUUCAAAGUACAACUCUUGUCUCUGGCAAGCAAGAGCUGGGUUGGUAAUUCUGAACAAUGCCGCCUGCUGUUCAGGGGCCGUGUGCGCAUGUUAUUACCGCGCACACUGUGAGCAAGUCUGACGGUUUGCAAUUGCUGCUGUCCUGUAUUUGAGGUGUUUGUUAGUAGUCAAGCGGUGAAUUAUCCU